UCACUUACACGGUUCAUUCAUGACACCCUUGAAAUGGUUCACCCCUUUGGUUCAAAGGAGUGUGAACAAGUUGGUUUAUGUACCCAUGUCUACGUCGAAUCGCAAAGCCCAGUUCCACAAUAUCCUCAAGCCACCAAAGCCAAACCAGACCCUUAAGAAGUACCUUGAUGGCAACAACCCCACCAAAGUGCUGCUACACUUCAGAUAUUUGAUGAGAGAAAGAACCACUUUCAACUCAAUAGACAGCUUCACUUUCCUGUUUGCCCUCAAAGCCUGCAACAAGAGACAUUCCUCAAUCCAUGGAAAACAAUUGCAUGGUCUCAUCACAAAAUUUGGAUACAAAGACAUAGUCCAACUCCAGACAUCACUUCUGAAAGUGUAUGCUGAAGGGGGAAACCUGUGCAGUGCCCACCAAGUAUUUGAUGAAAUGCCCACUAAGAACAUUGUAUGUUGGACCUCUUUGAUUUCUGCAUAUGUUGACAAUCAUAAACCCAACAAAGCCUUAGAGACGUUCAGGAUGAUGCAGAUGGACAAUGUCGAACCUGAUCAAGUCACAGUAACAGUUGCUCUCUCUGCAUGUGCUGAUACUGGGGCACUGGAACUGGGUAAUUCGAUUCAUAAUUUCAUCCGGCGCAAAGGAGGGCUGAAAAUAGAUUUGUGCUUGAAUAAUGCUCUCAUUAACAUGUAUGCUAAAUGUGGGGAUAUCACUACAGCAAGGAGAUUGUUUGACAGCACAAAGAUCAAAGAUGUCACAACUUGGACGUCCAUGAUUGUGGGGCAUGCGCUGCAUGGUCAAGCAUAUGAAGCUCUUGAGCUUUUCUCAGAAAUGAACACGGGCUUCAACAUAGUCCCAAACGAUGUAACCUUCAUAGGAGUUUUAAUGGCUUGCAGCCAUGCAGGAUUGGUUGAGGAAGGGAAGCAACAUUUCAGAAGUAUGACCGAGGAUUACGGCAUUCGGCCUAGAGAGGCCCACUUUGGCUGCAUGGUGGAUCUCUUAUGUAGAGGUGGUUGUCUAAAAGACGCAUAUUACUUUAUUAUGGAGAUGCCGGUGCACUCUAAUGCAGUCAUUUGGCGAACCUUGCUGGGGGCUUGCAGCCUCCAUGGUGAACUGGAGCUAGCUGCAGAAGCUCGGGAGAAACUGCUCAAGUUGGACCCUGACUAUGUGGGUGAUAGUGUUGCUUUGUCCAAUAUUUAUGCAGAUAAAAGGAUGUGGAAUAACAAGAUGAUUGCUAGGAAUCAGAUCAAACAAUCAAGAGCUCCUGGUUGCAGUUCCAUUGAGGUGACAAGUGGAGUUGGUGAAUUUGUAAUUGUCAAUAAUCCUUAGAAAAGGGAAAGAUAUACCUUGCUAGUCAGAAUACCUAUGAAAGAAUCGUUUAGAUAUAGAAGCAAAUUCAGCAAAGCUGUUAAGUUGUAAACAAACUUUGUAACCAUGAAAAGAAAAAUGAUAAUAUUUAUCAUCAAAUGACACCUUUCAA